UACUCUACCUCAUCCCGUCUCACCCAUCUCAUGCUGCAUUAUACGGUCUUGGCCGAAAACGACGUUAUUGAGAAGCCUCUUCUCGACAACAGAACCUAUCGUUACUUAAAGCUCGACUCGAACGAUCUCCAGGUCCUCGUGAUUCAUGACUCAACUGCUGACAAGUCUGCGGCCUCUUUGGAUGUCAAUGUAGGCUCGUUCGCUGACAAAAAGUAUGGAAUUCCUGGUUUGGCUCAUUUCUGUGAACAUUUGCUAUUCAUGGGUACCGAAAAGUAUCCGGCUGAAAAUGAAUAUUCCUCGUAUUUAUCGAAACAUUCUGGGUACUCCAAUGCUUAUACUGCAGCAGAACAUACGAAUUACUACUUUCAGGUAAGUGCCGACUACUUAGAAGGUGCUCUAGACCGGUUUGCUCAAUUCUUCGUGGCACCCCUUUUUAGCCAGAGCUGCAAGGAUCGAGAAAUAAACGCUGUAGACUCAGAAAACAAAAAGAAUCUCCAAAACGAUCUCUGGAGACUCUACCAGCUCGACAAGCUGAACAGUAACCCUGACCAUCCUUACAAUGGGUUUUCUACAGGUAACUACCAGACUUUGCAUGUAGAGCCUUCUGAAAGAGGACUCAAUGUUCGUGAUGUCUUGCUCGAUUUCUACAGCAACAGCUACUCGUCGAACUUGAUGAGUUUGGUUGUGUUGGGAAAGGAAGAUUUGGACACUUUGUCAGCUUGGGCUAUCGAGAAGUUCUCGGCCGUGCCUAACAAGAGCUUAACAAGACCAAACUUCCAUGGCGAAGUCAUCUUGACAGAUAAGUACCUCGGUAAGUUGACCAGGGCCAAGCCCAUUAUGGACAAGCAUCAACUCGAGUUAACAUUCAUGGUUCCUGAUGAUUUGGAAACCAAAUGGAAAUCUAAACCCAACGGCUACUUCUCCCAUUUAUUGGGACAUGAAAGCGAAGGCUCUGUGCUUUUCUUCUUGAAACACAAGGGUUGGGUAACAGAAUUGUCGUCUGGUAACAUGCGAGUCUGUCAGGGUAACUCUUUCUUUAUCCUCGAAUUUGAGUUGACUCCGGAAGGGUUGCAGAAUUGGAAGGAGAUAGUAGUUUCUGUGUUUCAGUACUUGAAGUUGAUUCUUCCAGAAGAGCCCAAAAAAUGGAUCUACGACGAGAUCUCUAUGAUGUCUGCCAUUAACUUCAAGUUCAGGCAAAAGGCAGAUGCCGCUAACACUGUUUCUCUGAUGAGCAACACUUUGUACAAGUUUGCUGUAGAUGGUUAUAUUCCUCCAGAAUACAUUUUGAGUUCUUCUGUUUACAGAGAAUUCAACAAACAGGAGAUCAUAGACUUUGGCAAAUUCUUGAAUCCAAACAAUUUCAAGAUUUCUUUGGUUUCGCAAUCGUUAGAUGGCUUGAACAAGUCCGAAAAAUGGUACGGAACUGAGUAUGCUUAUGAAGAUAUACCAGUAGAUUUAUUACAAAACGUUGAAUCGGCGCAAUUGAAUCCACACUUUCACUAUCCCAAACCCAACGAUUUCAUUCCCAAGGACUUUGAAGUGUUAAGAAAGAAGUCAGAAACUCCUUUGCAACAUCCUUACCUCAUUGAAGAGAGCAACAAGCUCCAGGUCUGGUACAAGCAAGACGAUCUUUUUGAAGUUCCCAAAGGUAAUAUCGAUAUAGUGUUCCAUUUGCCCAACUCCAACUUGGACAAGAAGACUUCUACCUACUCGUCUUUGUUGGCUGAAUUGAUAACCGAUGAAUUAAACCAAGUCACUUAUUAUGCCUCAUUGGUUGGCUUAAAGGUGCUGAUAUCAUGCUGGCGUGAUGGAUUCAACGUGAGAGUAUCAGGUUACAGUGACAAACUUCCAGUGCUUUUAGAUCAGGUUUUGUCUAAAUUCUUUAAUUUCAAACCUAACAAGGAAAGGUUUGAAGCUAUCAGAUUCAAAUUGUAUCAACAAUUCAAGAAUUUUGGAUAUGAUGUUCCGUACCGUCAAAUUGGAACUCAUAUUUUACUGUUGCUCAACGAGAAAACCUACACUUAUGAUGAAAAAGUUCAAGUUAUGGACGAAGAUCUUUCAUUUGACGAAUUGAACGAGUUUGCAACCAAGAAUCUUUGGAAAUCAGGAAUCUUUACUGAAGUUUUGAUCCAUGGUAACUUUGAUAUCGCCAAAGGAGAUGAAAUCAGAAAAUUGAUAGCUAGUCACACCAAGAGUCUUGCUCCUAUUGCUGAUACUUUAGAUGAUGUCAACAAAGCCAUCAAGCUUCAGAACUUUGUGCUUCCAUCUAAGGAGUUUAUUAGAUACGAAUUGCCAUUGCAAGAUGAGAAAAAUAUUAACUCUUGUAUUGAGUACUACAUCCAGAUCAGUCCCACGAACGAUGAUCCCAAAUUGAGAGUGUUGACUGAUUUAUUUGGUACCAUUAUCCGUGAACCUUGCUUCAAUCAAUUGAGGACAAAGGAACAACUAGGUUACGUAGUUUUUUCUGGUACUAGAUUGGGCAGAACGUCGAUAGGUUUCAGAAUCUUGGUUCAGUCGGAAAGAACUGCAGACUAUUUGGAGUACAGAAUUGAUGAGUUUUUGGGCAAGUUUGGCAAGCACAUCAACUCAGAGUUGACAGAAGUCGAUUUCGUCAAAUUCAAGCAAGCACUCAAGGACCUUAAAUUAUCAAAAUUGAAGCACUUGAACGAAGAAACUUCUAGACUCUGGAACUCCAUUACUGAUGGCUACUUUGAUUUUGAAGCCAGACAGAAGCAUGUUAAGAUAUUGGAGACCAUCAGUAAGGAAGAGUUUGUCGAUUUCUUUAACAACUACAUUGCUGAUGGAUCUGACAAGUCCGGCAAGCUUGUCGUCUACUUGAAUUCGCAAUCUCCUCCUGAACAGACAACGCUCAAGUUGGCACAUAGUUCUAUUAUAAACUAUAUCUACAGAAAUGGCUACGAGGCUUCCACCGAAAAGUUGGAAUCCAUAGUGAAGGAGAAUCUUGAAAAUCACCAACAGUUGGUUAAACAAGUUGCUGAAGAAAUUCUGGAAUAUGUAUCCAACAAACCACCAGCUAACUUGAAACAAGAUUUGCUUAUUGCUUUUGAAAACGAUAUCAAGACUCCAGUUCCCACCAAAUACCGCCAGGGAACGGUGUACAAGGAUAUUUCAGAAUUCAGAAAACACUACUCUUUGGGAGGAGUUCCUUCAGCAGUAGAGCCUUUGACCAAAUAUUACUAUCCUGGACGUAACCCACACUUAUAA